GUGUCUACUGCCCUAGCUGCUGUCGUAGGCUAGGACGGCUGCUAGUGCGGCUGCUGUUGGUUCGCGGCGGCGGCGGCGGCGGAGGAGGAGGAAGAGGCGAGGCGACAGGAGAAGAAGGAGGCAGGCGCGGCGGCGGCGGCUUCGCCCGGGGCCGGCGGCGGCGAGGGGGGGGGGAAGAUGGCGGACGUGCUCAGCGUCCUGCGACAGUACAACAUCCAGAAGAAGGAGAUUGUCGUGAAGGGAGACGAAGUGAUCUUCGGCGAGUUCUCCUGGCCCAAGAAUGUGAAGACCAACUAUGUAGUUUGGGGGACUGGAAAAGAAGGCCAACCUAGAGAGUACUACACAUUGGAUUCUAUCUUGUUUCUACUUAAUAAUGUGCACCUUUCUCAUCCUGUUUAUGUCCGACGGGCAGCUACUGAAAAUAUUCCUGUGGUUAGAAGACCUGACCGAAAAGAUCUACUUGGAUAUCUCAAUGGUGAAGCAUCAACAUCGGCAAGCAUAGACAGAAGUGCCCCUCUAGAAAUAGGUCUUCAGCGAUCUACCCAGGUGAAACGAGCUGCAGAUGAAGUUUUAGCAGAAGCAAAGAAACCACGCAUUGAGGAUGAAGAAUGUGUGCGCCUGGAUAAAGAGAGAUUGGCUGCUCGUUUGGAGGGUCACAAAGAAGGGAUUGUACAGACUGAACAGAUUAGGUCUCUGUCUGAAGCUAUGUCAGUGGAAAAAAUUGCUGCGAUCAAAGCCAAAAUUAUGGCUAAGAAAAGAUCUACUAUCAAGACUGACUUAGAUGAUGACAUAACUGCCCUUAAACAGAGAAGUUUUGUGGAUGCUGAGGUAGAUGUGACACGAGAUAUUGUCAGCAGAGAGAGAGUGUGGAGGACACGAACAACUAUCUUACAGAGCACAGGAAAGAAUUUUUCCAAGAAUAUUUUUGCAAUUCUUCAGUCUGUAAAAGCUAGAGAAGAAGGACGUGCACCUGAACAGCGGCCAGCCCCAAAUGCAGCACCUGUGGAUCCCACAUUGCGUACCAAACAGCCUAUCCCAGCUGCCUACAACAGAUAUGACCAGGAAAGAUUCAAAGGAAAAGAAGAAACGGAGGGCUUCAAAAUCGACACUAUGGGCACCUACCACGGUAUGACACUGAAAUCUGUAACGGAAGGUGCAUCGGCCCGUAAGACUCAGACUCCUGCAGCACAACCGGUACCAAGACCAGUUUCUCAAGCAAGACCUCCCCCAAAUCAGAAGAAAGGAUCUCGAACACCCAUUAUUAUAAUUCCUGCAGCUACCACCUCUUUAAUAACCAUGCUUAAUGCAAAGGACCUUCUACAGGACCUGAAAUUUGUCCCAUCAGAUGAAAAGAAGAAACAAGGCUGCCAACGAGAAAAUGAAACUUUAAUACAGAGAAGAAAAGAUCAGAUGCAACCAGGGGGCACUGCAAUUAGUGUCACAGUUCCAUAUAGAGUAGUAGACCAGCCCCUUAAACUUAUGCCUCAAGACUGGGAUCGAGUCGUAGCAGUUUUUGUGCAAGGUCCUGCAUGGCAGUUCAAAGGUUGGCCAUGGCUUUUGCCUGAUGGAUCACCAGUUGACAUAUUUGCUAAAAUUAAAGCCUUCCAUCUCAAAUAUGAUGAAGUUCGUCUAGAUCCAAACGUUCAGAAAUGGGAUGUAACAGUAUUAGAACUCAGCUAUCACAAACGUCAUUUGGAUAGACCAGUUUUCUUACGGUUCUGGGAAACAUUGGAUAGGUACAUGGUAAAGCAUAAAUCCCACUUGAGAUUCUGAAUUUUACUUGGUUUCCCCUUUUUCUGGAGAUCUGGAUUAAGAAGCAUGGAUAUACCUUGACCUAAAGACUGAGACUCAAGCUUUAUGAAUUUAUCAAGAACUUACAAAUGAAGAAGGUCACAGAUCGAUCUUUUAUAAGACCUUAUUUGAUGCUUUAUGCUUCAAAGGGAUGAUGCUUGUCAUCCAUAUAAGCAAACUUUUUGGCUUACAACUAUUUUUUUAAUAUUAGCCUUCUAGUCUGUAAUGGAAAUUGUAUAUUUUGAUAGAAGUUUUUUCUCCGUUGGUUAAAUUAGCAUUACUUAAAAUUUGUUUCUUUAGAAAAUAAAUACAGGUUAUAAAUGUGUGUAUAUUUAUAGGUUAUAAGGCUCUCUAGGCCAUCUUGCUUCUGAUUUUUCAUUGCUCUAUAAUUCCUUUUAUUGAAAAUACUAUGUUAUGAAUGGUAUUAAAUUUUAGUCUCUGGAACUUCCAAAACUAGCAAAGGGAUGUGACUAUUUUGAAUUAAUCAGAAUGUCAACUGUAUGUAUACUAUACCUAUACUUAUUCUUUAUUUAAAAAAGAAUAAUGAAAAAUCAAGAACAAUUCUUCAGCUUUGGUUGAACUGUUCAGCCUUUUCAAGACUUCUUUACUUAAAAUGAAUACAUUUAAUGAAUGUACAUUCUUCUCACUGACUUUGGUGAUUUUAAAACUUAGAAUGAUAUAUUUCUAUCUGUGCUAUCUUUCCACUUGAGAAAUCUCAAAACACAGAUUAAAAACCUGAUAGGCUAUAGUACAUUUUAUUUUGGGAGCCAGAGUAUGUUUGGGGGAAGGAAAUGUAUUAUUCCUACUGCAGUGUAACUUUAACUUUCUUUUCUCAUAAGUUCACCUUUGAUUCUUACUUUAUAUGUAUGGCAUAGGAUUUUGAGUCUUCUGUUUCUAGGCAUGUUGAUCUUGGAGUUCUUAUCUUCCAUUAUCCCUAAAUAUUGAUAAACUCCCCCAGACACCAAAGAACACAUUUGCUUAAUUAAGUGUCUGAACAGAAACAAGAUAAAAACACUGGUAUUUUUAUGUGCGUGUUCAAUAUCGUAUAAAAUAUAAAACCUAUAUUUUAACUUAGUAAAAUAUUUUACUACUUCUGUACUUUAGAGCGUUGCAUCCAAGGUACAAAUGAAUGAGCAUUUUCCUUGAAUCUUGAUUUCACCUUUUAUUACUUAAAAGCAACUUGGAACCUCUACUCCGUUAGAGAGUUUUUGCCACUAGAAUCAUUGCUAAUCAUUCAUCUUGUGUCAUUUUUUUCUCCAUUUUCCCCCCCAGUGAUCUCUUUAGAUCAACUUUUUUUUUUGAUAAACGUUUAGCUCCUUCUUAUGUUAUGCUGACAUUACCUAGCCUCAUUUUGAAAUUUAAUGCUAUCAUAAAAAUGAGAAGCACUUAUUAUUUAUUUUUAAAGUAACCACAAAAGUCCAUACCAAUAGUGAAUAGAAAAAGUAUUUAUUCAUAUGGAAUUCACUAGGUUCUUAAGAAAAGCAGUCAGCAUUUUAAAUUAUUAGAGUUUAGGAUAUUUAUAAGGUUUGAACAGAUUCUACCCCCUUUCUUCCUUUCUUUGCAUCCUCUCUUCAUGAAAACAAAAGAGAACGCAAAUUUGUUCACCUUAGAAUUUCUCAGCAUAUAAACUGUUUUCAAAAUAAAUUAUGUAUUGUAUAAACUUUCUCCAUGAUGAAAUCGUCGAGGACUAGAAUCUGUGACAUUUUAAUGUAAGGUUACUUGUUAAGACUACUACAAGUGGACAAGAACUACCUUUUAUGAAGAUUUUUAGUAUUUAUACUUAUGUCAUAUAUGAAAUUUACUUGAUACAGAGUGUGGUUAAAAUUGGGAACAUCUACUUUAAACAGGGUUUAUUUUUCUAUCUUGAAUUUGCCUUAUGUAUAUUCAAAGGCUUCUGGAAAUACUGUAAAGGAACAUUAGGAAAAGUACAAAUAUGCUAUACUGUGUAUUUUAAAAUCAGACCCUUAGUAUGUGCUUAUUUUCUUUUUCCUAUUUCAGUAGUUCAGUCCCUUAUUUAGGUCCAGGUAAUUAAUAGCCCUUAAUUUCAAAAACAAUUUUUUUCAGCCAAUCAUUAUCUCAUGACUCCCAGGUCCUAUGGCAGCACCUAUCACUGUGCCUUGCACAUAGUAGGCAUUCAGUAAAUUAUUUAUAUGCAUGAAUUGAUCUUUUCAGUGUGACUGAUUUAUUACAAAAAGUACUUUGACUAGGUCUUGGAGUUUGAAAAUACAGAAUUACAGGGAAUGAAGAGGUAUGCACAGAUAUUUUAAUGGAAAUGAGGUAUACAUUAAUAAACUUGACUUACUUGUAAGUUACUGUUAACUGGAGACACCCUUGUCUUGUCCCACUGGUAAAAGAAAAUUCCAUUUCUUCAUUCAUAAGACCCUCUUCUGAGUCAGGUAACAUUAAGAAGCUUGUAGGUUUCAGUCAGUCACUCUCAACCCUUACUGCACGUUAGAAUCAUAUGGGGGACCAUUUAAAUAUACUAUUGACUGAUUGCUGAUUUUUAUUUAAUUUGGGCUGAGACCUGAUCAUCAGUAUUUUUCAAAAGUUUUCUAGGUAAUUUCAUGUUCAGAAAGGAUUGAGAAUCACUGAUUUAAUUUGUUAUUGAAAACAAUGCCAGUAUUAGAUGUUGUGUUCCCUCCUCCUUACCUCCCUUCCUCCUCUUCUCUCCUCUUCUUUCUUCUUCCUUCUUCCUUUCUUUUCUCUUUUUUUUUCUUUCCUGCUUUUUUUUUUCUUUUGGUGACCACCCUUUACCCUAGACCAUCCCCCUUAUUGAUGCUAUUGGCUUAUAGUUCCACAUGACAAAUUCAAGUCUUAUUUAUUUAAUAUAGGAGUAUUUUGCUGUUUAAUAUUUAAACAAUGUUUUUAAUAUAUUUCAUUAUAAACUAGUAUAAUAGUUUAUGAUUUGUUUCCCAUGUGUCCAUAUCUUUUACUAACUUUUUUUUUAACAGCAGCAUGACAACAAUCCAUACAGAAAUAACUAGUUCAUAAUGAGGAAAAUUUCAUAAUUAAUUUUUAAGGUAGAAGAAAGUAAAGUAUUAAUUUCUUAUCUGCCAUGCAGAAUUAGAGUUUGUUUAUGAAAGGAAAGAGGCAUACUUUUUAAUUGGUCUGCCAGAAAAGUAAAAGUAAAUUAUUCAUUUAAUUAAAAUUCAUUAUCAAACAUUGAAGGAAAUAUUUUUCCUGAAUAAAAAUUUGUGUGACUCCUAACAAAGUUAAAGCGAUACAUUCUUUUUUGGAGGGUGGGGAAGGGUUCUUUAGUUGCCAUAUUUCUUACUAUAUAACAGUUCCAUUGUAUUGGUAUUAACAAUAGAAAUGAUGAUAGGAUAUACAUAUGUGGCCAGAAAUAGUGCCAGUUUGUCAGAUAAUGAUUAUCUGAGUCUUAAUUGUUGAACCAAUUAGUUUAUAAAACUUUUUGAGACCAACAGGGCAUUUUUUUAAAUAUUAUAAAAGCUAAUCAAAAUUAAAACAUGAAAAAUAAAUUUAAUUACAUGAGCCUUAAUAUACUUGACUGAAUUUUUAUUCAUUUGGAUUUGAUAAUCAACUGAUUACCCUAACCAUAGUAAAUUAACUUUAUAAAAGGACAAAUGACUGAAUUUGACUUAAAUUAAGAAUUGGAUUAGGAAUUUUGAGAUGCCAUGUCCUGUAUCUUCUGGCCUGUCCAUUGCCACAUUUGGCUGUUUUGUGGUGCCAGCAUGGUUUCUAUAUUAAUAUGUUGGAAUAAUUAAGAAAAAAUUGAAAAUGUAUAAUAGGUGUAUAAAGAAUUAUAUUUAGUAAAUGCAUAAUAGGCAAUAAUACUUUCAAGUCAGCGAUCUGUUUGGGCUUAUAUGUAUUAUUUUAGGUAGUGUUUAUUAGAGUAUCUUGGGAGUUAUAAAUGUAUGGCAUUUAAAUACAUAAAGCUAAUGAAAUUUUAUUGCCAAAAUUCAAAAAGUGGGGUGAUACUAUAUCAAAUUUAAGUAAAUGAUGUAUCUGAGAAUUUUGUUUGCUACUGAAUUCCCUUUCUAUCCAGUUUAAGUUUACUCAAAGUUACUUAACUUCUAAGAUUGAUUAUAGUGCUUUAUAUAUAAUGUAGUUCACUUACAUGGUGUAGGCACUAUAAAUGAUCGUUUAGCCACCAGUUUUUAUUAUUUCUCAAGCAGAGUGGUUCUUGAAUGGAACUUAAAUUUGGGCCAUGUGACCUGAUAAAAUGUUCUAGUCAUUCUUACUCCAUUUCAGUGGAUUUUUAAAUUUCAAGUUUAAUUGUAAAUAAAUAUUUUGUAGUACUUCAAUAGUUUUGGGGACAUUCCCACCCCCACUUCUACCCUGCUCUUCAUCCCUCCAACCAAAAAAUCGCAUUCAACCAAGAUUACAGAGACUGUAUUAUGGAGUAGGAUGUGGAUGAUGACUGUCUUUCCAUAAAAGGAUUUAUGAGAUUUUUUUAGGCAUAGUAUUUCUGUUUUGAAAACAGAUGCGAGUUUUCACUUUGAAAACUAAUGAGUUAAGUACAUUUACAGUCUUCUGUUAAUGAGUUAAAUAAUGUAGAGAAUCACAGUUCUUCCUAAAAGUAACAAGCCACACGCUCUACUGAACUUAGUUUGCUUAUGGUUCAAUUUACUGUAUCCUUAUUGUUGUAAUAGAAUUAAGAAUGUAUCUGGUAAAUUACAUCAUCUUUACAGUUGGAGUACCCUGAUUUUAACAUUUUACAGUUUGAAAACAAACUGUAUUCCGCAUAUGAUCAAAUCAUUAACAGCAUCAUCUUAUUGGUUGUGCCAGUGAUAAUGUGUGACUUUUUUGCAACGAAAUUUCUUUAAUGAAAAGCUUAAUGGGCCCUGUUCAAACUUAAUUUCUAUUCAGUUCAUAAGUGCCCACUAAAUAUGUAUUUUAUCCUGCUCUUCUGUUCAUUUGAUCAUCUGCUCUUAGGCAGAUGAGCAUUCACAUAAUUAAAAUAGAUACAGCAUGAGUUGUAAAUGCUGUUGGAUUUUUUUUUAAGGCUCAAAGGUGCUAGUAUAUAACAGCACAUUGCCAAAUAAGCUUCCCCCCCCCUCUCAUUUUCUAAAACACUUUCCAUUUUUAUUUAAUUGUGUAAUGAUCAGGUGUUUAUGGUGGCUUGGAAGACUUCCUCUUAAUUUUCUUCAAUGAUCAUAAAAAACAUAAAAAGUAGUUCUAGAGAAGGCUGUGCUGUUGAGUCUGUCAUAAUUAUUUGUAGCUACUUUGUCACAGAAUUAUAGUUUAUAAUUAAUUCAUCCAGAGAAUGUUGAUUUAUAUUACAUGACUAAUGUAAGUAGGACUCAGGCUAUGUAAGAAAGAAGAAAUCAUAGAUUCGGUUAAUCACACUUGAAUAUUUUUUUUUUUGGACUGUACUUCAUUUACCAAAAAUUUCAAAUGGAAACACAUUGGGUUAUACAACAUUCACUGUGAUAAAAUGUGGUAAUUUAUACUCACAGAAGAACUGCAUUCAUGGAGUUUACCAUGUUAAAAAUGUAAAUAUGGUAAUGGCAUCAAUUUCUCUUUUUAAAAUUGUUAAUAUAAAUAUUUUUUCUUUAAAACGGAAUAGUUUGAAAUUUUAUCAGGUUGGUGUGUGUAAUGGUUGGGGAAGAUCAAAUGAGCUUGCUCAUGGCUUAUUCAAUUAUUUUAGCUCAAUUGGGCAUCACUAAUGUUUAUGGCCAUUUUGACUGUAAAACAGUUUUAAAGUAUUUGUAUUCUUAGUUACGUGGUUUUAUUUCAUAAUACACCAUUGAGUACAAAAAGGAAGUGUAAGGGUUACUGAUGAAAUAAACUGGGAGGCAUUAAUGUAGUUGAUGUAGGAAUUUGAGGAGAAAGAAGAAAUUAAAUGCGAAUUCCAACUCAAUGGGAAAAAAUGGUAGUAGGAUUUGGGCAGUGAUGUAUCUUUGUUUAGACAUAAAUUUAAGUGAAAUUAGGCAAAUCUGUGGUGUGAUUUUUCUCCAGCAGUGUUUAGUGGCUUGAUGGCAGGUGUAGAGAAAGCAAAUUGAUUUUCAACUUUUGAUGGAAGUAGAAGCAGGCCAGGGAGGUGAAGGUAUUCACAAGUGAUGAUUAUAGUACCAGAACAUGGAAUCUAAACUCUUCAAGGAAUAAAUGAGACAAAGGAGGUGGUGGGUUGUAUGAAAUUGGGGCUGACCCAUGAACCGAAAACUUCAGUGAUGAAAUGAAGCUAAAAGUAAGUCUGAAAGAGAAGAGAGGAUGGGGUAUUUGAAAUCAAGAUUUCAGAGGUGAUAUGAUAUGGAUGAGGAAGAGUCAAGACCUUGGAAGUGACUGAGAUAGGAGAAGAGUUCUUUGGAGUCAAAGAUCUGAGACCACGUUUACUCAUGUGAGUGUUAAAAUAACAACGACAAGUAUAGGGGUGGCCAGGAGGAUAGCCACAGGCUGGUGACUCAGGUCGAUGGCAACAAGAAAAUUGUAACUGGAUAGCAUGAGCUUUAAAGGAUCCAUGCUCAAAAUCAUUGGCAUUGUGUCAAGAGAUCAGUGAUCAGUACAUUUAGGUAUUUUAGGAUUUUUUAAAAGGUAUAGAUCAUUUCACUGCCCCCUCUUUUUUUUUUUUUAAAUUAUGUGCUUGUUCCAUUAGCACAGAUCAUGAGGGCUUUUAUUGUAACUAAGUGUAAAUCCUCUCUGACAGCCUUUCUACCUUCUCUGAGUCUUGUUUUCCCCAAUUUGCUCCCACAUUAGGCUAGUUCUUGUACUCUUUGCCUCUUCUGUAGCACAGUGAUAACUGGGAGUGGAUAGAAUUCUUUGUUGGAAGACCUGAACACCCCUCUGUUGUGAGGUUUCAUAAUAUGCCCAAACUGAGAUCACUCCUAGUUUUAUGUACAUCUCAUUUCUGAGGGAGAACAUCAUGAAUGGUUCCCAGAGUGGCUACAGGGUGCUAGAAAAAAGGAAUACCUGGAAGUACUGGUAGUUGGAAAGGGUUUGUCACUGACAUUUCUAUGGGCAUCUUCUUAUUUCCUCAGUUUGUUUUGUUCUAGAUUUUGGAUGAGAAUUCUUGGAAUGUCAGCUUUCUUUUCCAACAAUGAGGUGGGUUAGAUGUUAUUUUGAGUCUAAUUUAAAUCUUACCUGAAUCUAAUUCUUUCUUUGGUUUCCUUGUUAACAUGAGGUGGUGUGUGUCUUUUCUUGUUUGGUGGCUGAUGGCUUACUGUUUUUCCUUUUUUGUCACUCCCCUAACAAUUCUUUAGUUGUUAAGCGUGAUGGAGCUAUGAUCAUACUUACUUCAUUGUCUUCACCCAGAAGUGACCUUACCUAUUCUUGAGGAAACAAGCCAUGGAAUUCUCGGUACUAUAUCUCAAAAACAUGUGCAUAUAAUAAGCAUCCUUUCUUUCCUCCUAUUACAAAUGUCUGUCACCCAUCACGGACUUGUCUAUCCAUACGUGUUCUCCUACAACCUCCUCCACUGUCAUUAGUUUUGCCCUAUUACUGUUUCCUCUCUAGUUUGUGUCUUCAUCGUGUCACCACCCUGUACUUAUCCCUUCCACCCAUAUUUAAACUGGGUUGCACCUUUCAUCUUAAACAGGGUUCUAGGGAGGUGGCUUGAAUAUGAGCACCUCUCAAAGAUUCAUGGAGUUAGAGGAAAAGAGUGCAGUCCACAUGUGUGGUACUGCGAAGACUAGCUUCAGAGUACCUGCGGGGCUACUGCAUGGUGGGCUCUCAGUUCCUGUUUGUAUGUGUCCUGGCAGCUUGCUGGUUAGCACAUCCUCAGCCCACAAAAGCAGUGGUAACUGGCUUGCUUGUAUUGCUCAUGGGUUUAUUGCCACUCAGACUGUAGGAGUUUGACUUGUGCUAAAUGGUGAAUGAGUAGACAAGUGAAAAUAGUCUCGAGAAGUCUAAAAAUAAAUAAAUAAUAGAGAAAAUUCAGAAGUGGUUGGUGGUGAAAAAGAAUUGCUAGUGGAGAUAGAUGACAACUUUAACUUUGAAAAAGCACAUGAGGAAAGUCACAGUGUAAAGUAAACUUUCUAUAAAUUAAAAGCCCAACACAUUAAAAUGUAGUAAAAGAGGGAAAUGGCCAUUUUUGAGGACCAAAUUAACGGCCUAGAAUUUGUGCAGUAGUAGUUCUCCCUAGAAAAGCAAAACCCAAAGACCUGGAGGUUGUAGUAAAAAUGAAAACACCUUAAAGAGAAGUUUAGGAUAUUUAAUGUGAACAAGUGAAGAACCAUAAGGAAGAAAAAAGGAAACAGACUUAUGAAAACAAUUCGUAAAUACUAGAGGAGAAUUUCACUGGUUUGAAAGGGUUCUUGCUCUAUAGGUUCCAUGUAACAUCAGGGGGAAUAAAAGACACCUAGGCAGACAUUUCAUUCAAAUAUUUAUUGUCUACUUCAUGGCAGUGGUAAGCACUGUUUUAGUUGCGGGGAUUCAGGGUGAACAAAAGCAUUUCAUGCCCUCGUUCAGUAGGAAGAGGUAGACAAUAAGAAAACAACUAAAUGUAUCAGAUGUGAAUAAGUGAUACAGAAAAAAAUAGAGUGACUAACAGUGUUGGGAUAAGGUAGAGGCAAUACUUAACUAUUUUAUACGGGUGGUCAGAGAACGUUAAGGUGACAUUUGAGCAGCAAUUUGGAGGAAGUGAGGGAACCGACCUCAUAAAUAUCCAGGGAGAAAGUACUGUAGGGAGCGAACAGGAAGUUUAAAAAUCCUAAGUAUCAUAGCUGCGACUCAAAGACUGGCAGGGAGGCCCCUUGGGUAGAGCUAAGGCAGCAAGAACAGUAAGAGGUGAGUGCGGAGUGGCAGCAGGGAACAAGAUUAUGUGGGGCUUUGUAGACUAUUGUAAAGCCCUUGGCUUUUAUUCAUUGGUACAUAUGGGAAGCCACUGGAGAGUUUUGGGGCAGAGGAGUGACCUCAUGUGACUAGUUUCAAGAGUCACAAUGCUGUUGGAAAAUAAGACUGAGGAGUAAAGGCAGAAGCUGGGAGACCAGCUUAUUAGAUAUUUCAGUAAUUAGGUAAAAUCAUGUGGUUAUUGGUGGAGGAAUGACAACUAGUCAGGUUCUGGAAAUAUUUUGAAAGUAGAUGGAUUGGGUGUGGUGUAAUAAUAGAAUCAGCAAUCAGGUUUGUUUUUUGUUUUUGGCUUUUGCCUAAAUAACUGGAAAGAUGGGGUUUCUGCUUACUAUUUUAGGAAAGAAUUGUAUAAGGGUCAGAUUUGGGGAUGGUAGCAGCUUAGGGAAUCAGGAGUUUUGGGCAAUGUUGAGUUUUAGAUGCUUAGUAGACAUGCAGGAGGAGAUACUCAAAUUCUUUAAUUUCAGGAUAAAGAGAGGGAUUUAUAAAGGAAAAAACAAACCUCCAAGAUUUAGAGAAUGACUACAACUAAGUCUGUUUCCCAGGUGAGACCAUUUAUCUUGAAGCUAUGCAAGGAUCCAAAGAGUUUAUCUCCCAGGUAACCUCAGUUGAGGAAAAUGCACAUUACAACUUUCAAGAACUUCAAACAAAUGACAAAUUAAAGACCUGUGUUCUGUGGUAGAGUGACUGGAAAUUUGUACUGUUCAGUGAUAAAUAAGUAUUCUUCAAGAGGGAAAGACAUACUACCUGGAAAAUCUCACAUCAUUAAUUUAAGUACUAAGCUAUCUCAGCAAAACCGGAAGUGAGGCCUGAGCAGGGAGUAAAGAGGGAAAGCACUCUAAAUUUCUCAUUCCUGAUGAGAAAAAUGAUUUUAUAGAAGAUGAACAACACUUGUUCUUACAACUAAUCAGAAGUUCUAUAUUUUUGACAACUUUUUUUUUUUAAGAUAGUAUUUAUUUAUUUGACAGGAGAGUGAGCACAAGCAGGGGGAGUGGCAGAGGGAGAAGGAGAAGCAGGCUUCCCGCUAAGCAAGGACCCUGAAGCUGGGCUUGAUCCCAGGACCCUGGGACCAUGACCCGUGCUGAAGGCAGACGCCCAAUGGACUGAGCCACCUAGGUGCCCCAACAAAUAACUUUCUAAAACUCACUAAAGCACUUUGGAAUAUUUAGAAAAAACAAAAUAUUGUAUUAAGAUUUUGGAAAUUUUUAAAUAGGUCAGGAAAUUAUUUCCAAGUUGUUAAAUUGUGAAGAUAUGGACAUUUUGAUAGGUAUUAUACUUAUGUUUUCAGCUGCAAAAGCACAAAAUAAUAAAAUUUUUUCAAUAAUCAUUUUUAAAAUGUUCUUUCCAUAGCACGAUUUUUUCCCGGCAAUAAUUACUUUCUUGUUCAUUCAAAGACUUCUGAUCAUCUGACUUCAUAGUAAUUUCUAACCUUGUUACUUGACAAAGAGCUAAUUUAGGUUUAAGAGAAAGGUCAACUCUGUCAUUUUCUUGUUCCCACUUGCUUUCAUUAUUACUGUUAUCUUUAAGGUGUUUUGUUUUUCUGAGAUCUCUCUAUGCCGCUUUUCCAUUUUGUAAAGUAUAAAGUGUUGUCUGUCACCCUAUGCUGGAUGAGGGAAUGAGAAUUUCACUGUCAGGUCUUUUUCUUCCCUCAGUUCACCUUGUACUGUAUACAGAUCAAGUGAAGGCAUCUGUGUCAAUUCAUAUAUAAACUAUUAAUAAAGCUUAAUUUAACUGCAAA